AUGUUUCGGUGUAGAAACAUAUACAAAGCUGGAUGUUUGGUAGCGAUACACUUUCACCCCGCUGCCUUGAAAUUAAGUCUACUUGCGCGAACUCCAAUCAAUGACAUUCAGUUAGUUGCCGCCGCUGUGAGGGUCGGGUUUACAACUGUGUCUACGAGGAAAAUGGUUGAUAAACUAAGUGCUGAAGAGCGUAAUGAGCUGCUACAGCCACUAAUUCAAGCAGGAUGGAAGGUUCAAAGCAACCGUGAUGCAAUUGAAAAGGAAUUCAAGUUUAAAGAUUUCAAUGAAGCAUUUGGAUUUAUGACUAGAGUGGCAUUGUUAGCUGAGAAAAUGGACCAUCAUCCAGAAUGGUUUAAUGUAUACAACAAAGUACAGGUAACAUUAUCUUCCCAUGAUGUUAAUGGUCUCAGUAAGAGAGAUGUUCGAAUGGCUGCUUUUAUGGACCUACUGGUUAAAUGA